UCGCUUGAUCUAUUCUGUCGACAUAUCAUGGUUUAUACCCGUCAGUAAACAUUCCUGACGGUCCCCACCGCCGUAACUUCAGCCGCCAAAAAAGCAGUCGUCAUGGCACCUUGGCCUCAGGCCUGGACCGCCAGUCAUGCUGCUGCUCCUGCCAGACCGACGACCACUUUGCGAUCCCUCCCUCUGAUCGCAUACCUCUCGCUAUUCGCCCUCCUCGCCUCCACCGUCGCUCCUGCGCAAACUGUCGCUAUCCUACCUUCCGCUGCCUCUUCCUCCUUUCCCUCCUGCGGCCUGACCUGCUCCGUCCUCCUCCAAGCCCAAUCUGAAUGCCUGCCGCCUGCCGCUCCGCAGACAAACUCCGCCACCUACGCCUCCUGCUUCUGCCAUUCACAGAAUCUCACCGAGCUUCGCACUUCCUCAAACGCCGUCUGCGAUGAUACGUGCACCAAUGCCUCCGAUCGCUCGUUACUACGGACCUGGUACAACGACUACUGCGCGGUCGCAGCCCCACUCGCCGACGCUGGCAGCACGAACAACGAGGAGGAAAAAUGGCAGGCCCAUUCCGCUCAGUCAGUCACCAAGAUCCGCGCAUAUCGGAGGACUGCCGCUUCCAACGCUUGGUGGUCCACACACUACAAAUGGGUGAUCAUGGUCAUCAUCCUGGUCGUCGGGUUCAGCAUCAUCAGCGUGGUGGGCGUGUGGGCGAAGCGCCGCCAUGAUCGGAAGUACCCGGGUCUGUAUCACGCCGCAGCCACGGGUGGCACAGACAGCGCUCUGCUGGCCGCCCGCCAGCAGGAGAUCGGUCCCGCGCCGGGACCUGAUACACGCGCGCCGGGUCAGUUCAUGCCCGCCCAGUAUGACCCCGCCCAGAAUCCGGGCUCCAUCGCCAGCAGUUCACACACCAACGUCGCUGCCGCUGCCGCUGCCGCCGCUGCAAAUGCCCCCGGGCCCCGACCAGCGCGCACGUCAUCCCGUCUGCAGAAGACGCAACCCGUAUCCGACAGCGACACCGAAAUCCGCGAAGUGGCUCGGUGAAACCAGACUCACGGAGGUCUGGUUUGGAAGGCAAUGUCCACGAUUAGUCAUCGCAGGAACCUUUUUUCGCUGUCUCUGAACAACUGGCGGCUGGUCUAAAUCUACUGAAAGGCAACACCCUCCUUUUCUUCUACCUCUUCCAUUCAUCUGGCAAACCAUAUGCCAUGGAUCGAUAGCCCCUGCAGUUACCCCUUCAAGGACAAGACGAAAAGACAUGGUCCCUCCCGCUGAGCUUUGCAUAUAUCCGGCGUUUUGAUUUUGUCUAUAAGGGUAUUGAUUAUUUGCCGCCGUACAGUACCAGUGAUUCUUUUGUUUCCCUCAAAAUGCACAGUACAAAGCAUCACUUAACUUUCGUUUCUUCACUUCGCAUCACACAAAUCCUGUUCCGAAUGUUGUGCAUAGUUUCCUGGCUCAGGCAUUUUCCAUGCGGCUGACUUCCACGUCA